AUGUGCCCCGGAUCUGCCCUUCUCUUCCCCUGGGCGGCCGGGGGGAUGCUGAGCCGGCAGCUCCGCGUGCGGGACGCGGAGGAGGCUCGGCCCUCACAACGCUGCGAUGCAGCUUUUGUUUCAGAGGAAGGAAUUACCCGCGCCCCCAGGCCGGCCCGAGGCAAGGGCGGUCCUGCGCCAUGGCAGCCCCGCGGGGGCACAUCGUCCCCAGAGGUGGGGCAGUCAGCCCCCUCCGCCGCCUCUGGACCCCACCACCCGCUAGUUGUCCAGCCUGGUCCCCCAUGGAGCCAGUGGGACCGGAGGGAGGCGCCCGCCCCGCCUUCCCCAUGGAGGGUCCCCUUGGCCCCUCAGCGCUGGCCAGCGCAUCUCGCACCCCUUAACACCGCCCUCUGCUGGCCUAGGGCGUGUUUUUGUUCUGCUUCUUUUGUCAACAGCCUGCCUCGAACAAUUUAUGAGAACUUUAAAAAUAGAAACAAGAUGGAGCAAGGCCGUUCUGCUUUUUGGUACGUGUUUAAACGUAUUAAACGAGGACUGAAAUUAAGAAGAUCCACUUACAUUUUUAGAAGAAAAAGAAAAAAGCCAAAGUGGAAGGUGGCUCUAGCAUAAGACCAUUAUUAUGUCCAAAUAUUAAGAGUUAUUAUGCAGAAGUGGAACAUGUGGGUGCAGAUUCACAAGGAAAAAAAGACAUUGUUACGUAUCCGAUAUAUUUCGGCAUAUGAAGUAGUAAUUCAGUACUGCAAAUGGUUAUGGACAUGGGACAUUUUAGUAUAUAAAUAUGUAGUAAAUAUUAUGCACAAAUGUCAUCCAUAUGUGUUAUGUGUGAAUCUUUGAGGUUGCUAUUCUCUUCACUGGCCUAGCUUUAAAUGUUUUAGUGAAUGUAGGAAUUUGCAAGUCUUGAAUAUCUCUGAAUGCCAGGGGUUAAAUACUGAAUCUCUCCAAAUAACAUCAGAAGGCUGCAGAGCUCUUCUCUAUUUAAGUCUGUUGUAUAGAGAUAAUACUAAUGGAAUAGUCCUAUGACUUUUGUCAAGCAGCUUCCCUACUUUACAGUAUCUGAGUUUAGCUCACUGCAGAAAAUUCACAGACAAAGGUUUACCAUACCUGGACUCUGGAAGAAGCUGUCACAGGCUCAUCUGUUUGGAAAUGUCAGGUUGCAUUCAAAUUUCACUUGAUGUCUUCAGAAAUAUUGCCAAUGGCUGCAAUGGGAUUCAAGAUUUGCUAGUCAGCAAAAUGCCAACUCUUACAGACAGAUGUAUGCAAGCUCUGGUUCCAAAAUGCCAACAGAUAAGGACUAUUUUCUUCCCUGACUCUCCAAUGCUUUGAACUUUUAAAGCCCUUGCUGAAUGUAAACUUGUCAAGGUCAGCACUGAAUAUUAGUAUAUUAAUUCAAAAAAAUUCUUAGGAUGAUGUACCCCAUACAUCAGGCACAUUCAUAUGUCUGUUUGAUGCCAGAAGAUUACAGAUGCUGGUCUUAGGAUGAUUUCACCAUUGAAGCAUAUUCUUGUACUGAAUGUGGCAGAUUGUAUAAGGGUCAGUGAUGGACGUGUAAGGCCAUUGGUACAAGAUUCUUCAGGAGCUAAGCUAAGAAAGCUGAGUGGCUUGAGAGCCCUAGGCUGGCCUGGAAUAAUAUUGGAACUUUCUACAUCACAAUGCAAAAACAUCAGUAAUGCUGGGGUUCCGUUCUGCAAGGUCACAAAAUACCUGUAACCCUGCCAUGUCUCUUACUGCCCUCAGCUGACAGAUGAAGCUGUGAUAGCAACGGCAUUUCACUGCCACAAACUAACAUCUGGCAACAUAGCGGGUUGCCCAAAGAUGACUGAUACACGUAUUCAGUAUUUGGCUGCAGCCUGUCAUUGUCUUUACUUCUUGGAUGUCUCCAGUUGCAUUCAUCUUACUGACAAAACACUGAAAUGUCUUCGGGAAGGUUGUACUGUAGAAAUACCACCUUCACAAAAAAACACAGAUCAGAGCCUGAAUAAACAAAUUCUUCAAAUGAAAAAUGAAGAAAUUGCACAAAAUCUUCUACACUUCAAGAGUUUUUCUCUAGAGCACGAAAAGAACACUGUAUUAUUUUUUCUUAAAACUAAUCACACUUUAAUAAAAGGCCAUUUGUUGCAUUAGUAAGGAAGCAUUGCGAAUCUUUCUCAUGGGAGUGCAAAUGCCUCCAAGCAAGACAGCUGCACUCAGACAGCACUCCUAACCCUCAGAUGUUGAUUCAAGCUGUCUUCAUCUUUCGAUAAUGAAAGUUUUUGUAGUCCCAUGCAGGGUAAGCAAUAAAUAAAUCCUCAUGUGUUUGGGGUUCUUGUGUGCCAUGAAAGUCCUCUCCACGCCAUUAGCACUCUGACUCCCCACAGAACUUCACACUUGACACGGCUGGGACUCAUCAAGUACAGCAUUCUUGAGUAACUGAGAACAGGGAGUAGGUAGUGACUGCUGAUUCUUUAAUAUGCAACUAUACAUGUACAUUUAAGCACAGUUCUCCACUUCUCAACAGCCACUUGUGCACCCAGAGCCCUCAUUCUCAUAAAACCCUCUUGGGCUGAGCUUGUCUCUAAGCAAGCUGCAGAUCUGAACUGUGAGCUGGCUGGCAGCUGACAGAUCAGGAGAAAAAAAUUAAAAAGAGCACAGAUAAGAAAAAUGUUAAAAGGAUAAAUUUUCUCCUGUUACUAGAACACGUCUUUUCAUCAAAUGGAAGAGCAAAAAAAAAAGC